CUCUCCCAUAUCUUUUUUUCUCUUAUCAUAACACAAUGUCUCAAUCAUUGCGUCUUUCUUUUUUUUCUAAAACAAAGGAGACUUCAAGAAAAUUAAAAUAAGCAGGUGAGCUGUGACAAGAAAAUUAAAAUAAGCAGGCGUUUCUAAGAUUCUCUACACCUCUCAAAGUCAUGGCCUCGUCUGCGGAUCUUAGCAAGAAGCAGUUUAAGAAGUCUAUGACCAAGAAAUCACACUCAUGGUGGUGGGACAGUCACAAUUGUCCCAAGAACUCGAAGUGGCUUGCAGAAAAUCUAGAGAAGAUGGAUGACCGUGUGAAACACAUGUUAAAGUUGAUUGAAGAAGACGCAGACUCUUUUGCCAAGAAAGCUCAGAUGUAUUACCAGAAGCGUCCCGAGUUAAUCCACCUUGUGGAGGAGUUUUACCGCAUGUACCGCGCUUUGGCUGAGCGUUAUGAUCAAGCUAGUGGUGAACUUCAGAAAAUGCAUCUCUCUGGGACACAGUCACAGGGCUCUCUUGAGAAAUCAUCUCCUACUUCCCAAGAGAAAUCGAGUCACCCUCAUAAGGAAGAUGAAGAAGACUCAUCAUCUCUGUCUGAUUCUGAUUCUGAUUCUGAGUCUAAAUCGGUUCCUGAUGAUGAAGAUGGCGACGAGGCAUUGAUCCGUAGGAUGGCUGAUCUAGAACUUGAGCUUCAAGAAACUAAAGAGAAACUCCAGCUACAACAGGAACGUCUUAAUGGUGCCAACAACACUGAUCUCCUUCAGAAAAUUACUGUAUAUGAAGGAGAGCUUAAAGAAGCUAAUAUAAAGAUUCGAAUGCAAGAAGAAGAGAUCGCUAAUCUGAAGAUUGAGCUUAAUCGUUGCAUUUCCUCUGAAGCAGAAACUCAACUUGGUGUUGAGAAAGAGAGUCUUCAUUUGGUUAAAGAGGAAACUAAAGAUGCAGGGGCCACUCUUUUCUGCUCAACCACGUCUGGUGGUAUUGUGUCUCUUUCUAUUAUUAUCAUUUUGUAUUGUUUUAAAAAAUACAUAUGAGAUAGGCGAUCACUUCUUUUUUUGAAGUCAAUACGGUGGGUUGAUGCCAAAUUGACUCCAUUGACAUUGAAAUUCAUCAUGGAUGGGUAUGCGCCAAAUGCUUGAGCCUGAACUGUGCUACGCGUUUAUUUUAACGUCCACUGCUACUUCAUUUUAACAGAAUAAAGAGCUAUUAGCUAUUUUCCAACGAGAACUAUAAUAUAGCAUCAGAUGUCUCUUGAAGUAUGACUUCAUUCUAUUUAUUUUCGAAAAUAAAAUUUCGAUCUUAUUUCCCA